AAUGUGAAAAAAGUCAAGGGGUCUGAAUACUUUCUGAAUGCACAGUUCAUUAUAUACAACUAGCUUCUAAACUGGAUUGAAAGGGAAAUAAAGCAACUUAUAGAGCAGUGUUGGGAUGUUUUUAAGCUUGCUCCCCUGUGUAGAGCAGUAGGCGAUAUGUUAUUCACCCUGACUGAACAGAUGUUAGGCUACACAAUUAUGCUAAUAAUGACAUUUAGGCCUAACAUCCUCACUAUUAUCAUUAUUAAGGACUUAUCUAAAGUGUGCACUUUGACCCAAGCCUGUUUCCAAAAAUGUUAAAGGGCCAUUUGUGACUGGGAUGUUUGCAUAUUCUUAACCAUUAAUAAAUGCUGAUGUUCCUCCCAACGAGAUAUGUCAAUUACAACAAAAAACAGAGCAGCCCUAGUCAUAUGAAUAACCUUGUGAGUUUUGAACUUGUGCUUAAAAUCUGUUACAGUUAAUUCACUGUAAAUGCCAUACUUUUCACGAGAGGGGGAAACUGGUUUGGGAUGACUUUGAAAGCAGCGCACAUGAGUACCAGCAGAUUACAGCACAUAAAGGAUUAUUUUUUGGGGGGUGAAUACACGAGUGCAGAGAUGGCAGCUCCAUACUGCCCCCUGACCACUCACGUCCUGAACACCGGGAUGGGCGUCCCUGGAGCCCACGUGGCCCUCAGCCUGCAUCGCAUGGAUCCCUCCACUUCACUCUGGAACCUUCUCACCACAGGGACUACGAAUGAUGAUGGGCGCUGCCCAGGACUCAUCACCAGAGAAAAUAUCACCCCAGCCGUGUACAAGAUGCGCUUUGAGACGGGCCAAUACUGGGGGAGUCUGGGAGAGAGCUCUUUCUACCCAUACGUCGAGAUAAUCUUCACCAUAACGGUCCACAGUCAGAAGUUCCAUGUUCCUCUGCUCUGCAGCCGCUUCUCCUACACUACCUACCGGGGAAGCUAGAGAGUCUGUCACUCACCAUCUCUCACCUGGGCCACGUUCAGUUGCCAAACGUUGUCUAAUCCCGGGUAACCCAGAACUGAUGUCUUGCGUAAUUGUCAGAUGCUUGAUUAAAUUCCGGGUCCAUAUGUGUAAAAGGAAGAGAUCGGAACCGGAACAAAGAGCUCCACCCUUCUCGCUUUGCCAGUCUGUGGUUCAAAUGUCUCCUUCCAAAAUUCGAUUUGAGAUUAAUUCAAAGCACCGGAACUAAUGCUGCUCAUUAUCUCACGCACCCCGUUGUAAUCAUGCCAGAUCUACGGAACCAUUUAUGUUUACGUAGUCUGUCCACGAGAGAUUAAACAUUGUCGAACGUUGCAGAUAGAAAUUCCAUGACCAGUUGACAUGAUUCCUUGUUCUACAUGUCAGAUAGAAAUAUGUUAUGAAGAAUAAACAUCUGAACGUUCCAAAACGUUGUGUCCUGAUGAAUGCUCCCCGGGCUGACUGUGACCAGCACCUGUCACCUGGGCCUAUUCAGGUGGUUGAAAGUCAUCCUUCAGUUACAAUGGGUAGAAAUGUACCUAAGAAAGCACUCUCUUCUGUAAUACUAGUUAUACUAUUAUAGUUAUUGAGUACAGAACACAAUAAAUCUAUCCUUUCUAUGUGGUACCUAGAAAGGAUAGAGAGUAGACAUUCUCUGAGAUCCCAGUCAUUUGUUUCACCGGCCUUUAGAUGACGGCAAACACUUUUUAAAAAGUUUGAUCUGAUAUUAACAAAAUGUAUAAGCUUUAUUGGACAGUAGGGU